CAAUUGUCAAGCGUCUGGCAUCUUCAAGCAUUUCAAGCGAUCAGUCCUUACAGUUCCUUAACGAUCCUCGGCAAUUGAAAUCAUGUCCUACCAUUCACCCCAACCCUCCCAAUCAUUCUACCAAUCCACACCUCCCCCACCACCUCCCAAGCCCUCAGCGCAUUCAAGCGGCCACGCAACUCCAUCCAACAACGGUCCUCCGCUCCCACCAGCCCCACCACAGUCCUACAAAGACAAUAAUCAAGCAACCUCAUUUCAUCCGUCCUUCCAAAACCCACAAGAAACAGACCAACCGCCCAUUCAGCCGCCAGAAGAUGGUUGGCUGCCGAAUGUUUUAAAAGACAAGACGACCGUAGACCUCCACCACGUGCUGCAAACCCCCGAUCUCCAGAGCGCCCUCAUCCACAACCCCGACACCGCCCAUCCGUCGAUCCCCGCAUCCACCACGCCAAUCCAGAACUUACUCGCGCAGAACAUCGCGCUCGCGAAGAGCUUAAAGCAGCUCGAGGCGCAUCUCCAACACCAGAGAGAUAGCACGCAGUCGCGACUGCUGUCACUGAGAGCUUUAGAGCGGCAGUGGAGAGCGAAGCAGGCAGAGCAAGAUGCGGCGUUGAGGGAGUUCAGCCCCCCGGCAUUAUACCAACGCCUCAGUGCUGCCGUUGGCGAGCAGGAGGCAUUGUGUCGGGGACUCGAAGAGAGCUUCCUCGAGGGCGACAAUAUCGGCGGGACCGAUACGGUUGCAAGCGAGCGAGAAGUCACCGAGUUCGUCCGUAGGCUUCGAGAAGGUCGGAAGGUAUCCUACCUACGCGCAGAGCGUAAAGAUAGAUGGGAUCAGGGAAGAGUCGGCGGCUGGCGAUAGGAUAG